AUGGCCUCUUCCAAUAUCAACGUCCUAUUGACGUCUUUUCCGGGACUGUCUCUUCCAUCGACCCUGUCAUUUACGCUCCCCUCGACAUCCAGUAUCUUCGACUUGACAGAGAAAGUCGCCUCAUACCUUCCAUCAUCGAUCCCACUAGAGUCUCUUUCCAUUACCACCACAAGCAACAAGCAAAUCGCACCCUCAGAAUCCGCGAAAUCGAUACUCUCUAUCUGCGAUGGCCUGUCUACUUCUACUCUCCUUCCCCUCCGUCUCACCGCACCAGUGCGAGGUGGUAAGGGUGGUUUCGGAUCUCAGCUGCGUGCCGCAGGUGGCCGCAUGUCCAGCAAGCGCAAGCGCAACCAAGGGGAUAACAACAGCUCCAGCCGAAACUUGGACGGCCGUCGACUGCGCACCGUCAACGAGGCGAAGGCCCUCGCGGAAUAUCUUGCCGUGAAGCCAGAUAUGGAUAAGAAGGAGAAAGAAGAACGCCAGAAAAGAUGGCAGGCCGUCGUUGACAUCGCGGAAAAGCGCCAAGAAGAAUUAAAGAACGGCACUGGCAAGGCAAAGAUCGAUGGUCAGUGGAUGGAAGAUAAGGAUGAAAUGAACGAAAAGGCUCGCGAAGCAGUCUUGCAGGCCAUGAAGGAUGGCCAAUGGACGGAUAGCCUCCGCGACGCUAUUCUCGGUGGAUCCAGUACCAGUGCCAGUGAGGGCAGUGAGGACGAUGGUUCAUCCAGUUCUGAGGAUGAGAGUGAAGGAAACGGCGAGUCCUCAUCUGCUGCGGGCCCAUCUGCGUCCCAAAAGGCAGCGCCCCGGAAGUUCAUUGGAUUCGAUGAUGACGAUGACUUUAUGAGCUCAUCCGAAGACGAGGAGGCGGAAGUCACCAACAAGGGCAAAGGAAAGGCUCGUGCUUGA